AUGGCGAAUAAGAGAUGGGAGGAACAACUUGUAACGCUCCCGCUCUCAGCCUUGACAGCUUACCAAGCACUUUUUAAGCAUGGCAGGCUACCUCUCUCAUCACCAGGACCAUCGCCGCCACCAACUGCCUUGCGCAAAAGAGUCCUUAUUCUGGGCUCAGCAGGCUCCGUCGGCCUCCCGACGCUUCAGCUCGCCAAAGCAUCUGGGUUUCCCGUAAUCGCAACAUGCAGCUCUGCGUCUACACCUCUGAUAAUGUCUCUUAUUGACAAAACCACAGACACUCUCGUCGACUACACCUCUGAGACAUAUACCUCCCUCUCAGCUGCCUUCGUCUCGCAAACUCUCCCACCAGUGGACCUGGUAGUCGAUUGCAUUGGAGGGGACACACUCUCUACGCUCCUCCUCACCAGCACACCAGCACUCAAUACCAUCAUAAACCCCGGUGGACGUGUGGUUACAAUUGUGGCCCCGGUCAAGAUCUAUGGGCCCGAAACAGCCAAAGCGAUCCAAGGUAACUGCUCCGGGGCUGGUGUCGACGUUGACUUCUUCGUGGUAAGACCCUCGGGAGAGGAGCUGGAUGUUCUUGCGCAAUGGGUAACAGCAGGGAAACUAAAGGGAUACGUCCUGGAGGUUUUUGACUUGGAUCACGGGAGAGCUGCCAUGGAGCUUGUCGAAGCCAGGGGACGAAGAGGCGGGGGAAAGGUGGUUUUGAGAGUGGCAUCUCAGUAA